CUCUCUAGGAUGUCGUAGGAAGACGCUAGCAUGAGAAGUGUGAACUAACCGGGCGGUGAAUGUUUGUCCCGAGUGGGAAAGUUGAACAGGAUAAUGGAGAAACAGGAGGCAUUUUCCCAUUGGAAGCAGCAGUCCGCGCGGAAGACAGAUGUCAGUAAGAAAGGCAGCGUGGAUGAGGAUAUCGAAGAGACCGUGCGGCUGAUUAACCAGCAGGAGCGCUAUUUCACCACCAGCUCGUGUUCGGGACGUGUGAUCAUCAUCAACGAGACUUUGGAUAACUCUACAAUACAGAAGCAGAAUUGUUCCUGGCUCUUUGUAACACACAAACUCUGUAAACCUGAUGAUGUGUUUGCAGCUCUUCAGAACGCUACUGGGGAUGUCGUGCUGAAGUUUGAACCAUUUGUUCUUCAUGUCCAGUGUCGCGCACUUGAGGACGCACAGCUUUUACAUAGUGUUGCAAUAAAUGCUGGCUUCAGGAAUUCUGGAAUCACCGUGGGAAAGAAAGGAAAAAUUAUAAUGGCAGUACGGAGUACCCAUGGCUUGGAAGUCCCUCUCACUCAAAACGGGAAAUGUUUGGUAAACCAUGAGUAUAUAGAAUUUCUGGUCCACACAGCAAAUAAGAAAAUGGAAGAGAAUAAAAGACGAAUAACCAGGUUUCACAGCUGCCUUCACAAAGCUUUACAAAAAGAAGACUGCGUCCAUGAUAAAACAUCUAAGGAACAGGCAUCAAGUUGUGUGUAUGUGCGCAGAAGGAAAAGAAAAGACAGAAGUAGGAAAUCAAACUGCUCUUCCAGUGAAGAGGAACAUACUGAUUCAGAGCCUGAACUGACACUUUUUAAUGACCCAUGACAAUUGCUGUUUUCAGUUUUAAUUCUGGAAACUUUGUUUUUAUUUUUCUGUAUUUAUUUUUGAUGAGGGAAAAAUGCUUUUUUGUGAUAGCUGACUGCAAAUAAAUUCAUAUAGAUGAGA